GAGUUUUAACAUCUGUUAAAUUUUUCAAAUUUUGAUACAAUAUUUGCGAUUGAGUAUCGUUUAUUCGUACUUCGCAGUAUAAUCACGCACGCGCACAAUUGUGAUUCAGGAGGAAGGCUAGGGUUCAUAAAUAAGCUAAAACGCUCCUAAGGAAAACUACUUCGAGAAGCAUCGACGCGCGUUGAGUACGCGCCUAGCCAUUUUUCCGUGCGCCUUUUCUUUACCCCUCUCCCACCCCCCGCUGGUAUCGUCAACGACGCCUACUUCGGAGCCAGUAGAUAGAUAGGUUGAAGCAACAGGCUGACACACGGCGGCUUGGCUCGGCGCUUUGGGGCGAGAUCUGACACCGCGCAUCAUCAAGAACUUUUUCCCGAUUGGUGAUCCGCUGCUGGGAGCGUAGUUGCCAGAGCUGUGCAUCAUUAACGCGUCGCAGGUUGCCAGAUCUUCGUCUUGCUCAGUAGAGUCAACGUAACGCGACGGCGCGACGGUGUUCGGCGGAGCCGAAGCAACAGUCUUCGUCAGUCAUCAUUCAAGAAGACUGGACGGCAAGAUUGAGGAGUCGGUGCCACGACUCGAGAAGAGGAUAGUGACUCUCCUUUCUUCCUGUCGUCGCAUCGCAGCACUCCUCCAUCGCCGUGCCGCAUCUUGAUGCGAGGGCGACUUCCUCGCCUCAAAGUGCUUUAAUGUCCGACUCUCGCCAUCCGGUCGUCACGCGGAGCCAGGAACAAUCGCGAUCGUGAUUGUAUCCGCGCGAUGCCGCGGAAUCCACCGUAUCAUUUCGUCAACUUAUCGUGCCGUCAUCGUCUUCGUCGCUGAUGUCGUCAUCGUCAUUGUUAUCGCCGUAGUGACAUAUUCGAGGAAACGGAGACGACGUGAGUGACUUCCUUCUAUCUUUCUCUCGAAUGUACGCCCCACGGCGUUUCGGGGAGGCUUCCCGGACGUCCUUGUCUUGACGAAUAUAUCACCGACACGCGUUAUCGUCCAAGUGCUAGCGGGUGUCGCUGGUGAAUGCAAGACGGAAUCUUUGGAGCACUCGAGAGAGCACUCUUCCCCUCCUCUCCAUCUCUCUUUCUCUUUUUUCUCAGGUCGUGUAUCCUGUGCUCUCGCGCUCGUCACGAGUCUACGCAGGUAGGGCGAGCCGAUACGUCGGAGAGGUGGGAGAGACGACGAGGAGAGCAAGUCCCGCAGUCUCAAUUGGUGUAGGCCACCCGUAACACACGGAGAUCGGGAAGCGCGAUUGAGCGGCGAGAGAAGAGGUAGCCAGCGGGGAGGAGGGCGGCGAGGGAUUAUCCCCAUUGGUAUCGUGGGGAACGCUGCUGGUAUCCAGCAGCGGUGACGGCGACGACGGCGCUUAUCCCGAUUGUUUUAUUCCGCCGCGGCGAGGCGUACAGGUGGAAGCGAGAACGAGCCAUCGGCGUCGUCCCGUGGGAAUGAGACGAUCGUAGGAGAGAAAGGGAAGGUGAGAGAAAACGAGAACGAGAGAGAGGCCUGCUACGUCGCUACGUACACGGAUACGCAAUAUAGGUACGCGCCGUGAAAGAGGCAACCGCGAUCGGGAAUAGCGAAGUCGGAGCGUUGGAAGCGGAGAACGGAUAGACGCAAAAAGAGCGACGAGGACGCGCCGAUACGAGGACGAGGGAGGAGAGACAAGGACGCAGAUCACUAUAAGCAGAGAGGAAGAGAAGGCGCGCGUGCGAACGUGUGAUUUGAUCCAAAAUGGCGCUCAACCAAGACGUGGACCAGUUGUCCAAGAGUAAUCUCGUCGUCAGGGUCGACCAGAAUUCCGAGUCCGAUCUACAGGCGCUAUUCGACACCGUCCUCAAACCCGACUCCAAACGGCCGCUACAGGUGCCGUUGCGCAUGCGCAAUCUGCCGGAUUCCUUCUUCAAUCCGCCGUCCACCGGCAGCAAGAGUCCCUCGAUCUCGCACUCGCGCGAGAACUCCGCGGAUUCCGCGUUCGGUACCGCCGUGACCGCGACACCGAGCGCCGGCGGCGCGCCUAACGUAAGUGCCAACGGAAGCGGAAGCGCCGGCGGUACCGCUACAAGUGCCGGCGGCGGUACCGCCACAAGUGCAGGCGGCGGAGGUGUAAAUAGCGCCGCAGGUGCGGUAGCAGCAGCCGCCGCUGUAGCCGCGGCCGCCGCAGCCGCCGGUCUCACCGUCGCCCAUCCCCGCGCUCACAGCAGCCCGGCCUCCCUGCAACAGACGUACGCCUCGGCGCAACAAGCGUCUCAACACGCGCCGCAGCCGCACGCGCGUCACCAUCAUCAUCAGAAGCAGCGCAGCUACGACGUCAUCAGCACGGUCGACGACCUGGGCCCACUGCCGCACGGAUGGGAGCAAGCACGCACCUCCGAGGGCCAGAUCUACUUCCUCAAUCACUUGACGCGCAGCACGACAUGGGAGGAUCCGCGAAAAACAGCCGCAGCCGCGAAUGUGGCAGCGGUAGCCGCCGCAGUCGAGAACAGCAAAACCAACCCCAACGCGCUCGGUCCAUUGCCCGACGGAUGGGAACAGGCCCGCACAGCCGAGGGCGAAAUUUACUUCAUCAAUCAUCAGACCCGCACCACCUCGUGGUUCGAUCCGCGAAUUCCGACACAUCUUCAGAGAACUCCGACAUCUGGCGCGAUGCUGCCGCAAAAUUGGCUACAGCCUGCCGGUGUCAUUCAAAGCAACCAGAGUCUGCAGGUCUGUCAGCAGAAACUUCGCCUUCAAUCGCUGCAGAUGGAACGUGAACGCCUUAAGCAACGGCAGCAGGAGAUCAUGCGCAGUCAGCAAGAGUUGAUGCUGCGGCAGAGCACCACGGACGCCGCCAUGGAUCCGUUCCUGUCGGGGAUUAACGAACAACACGCACGUCAAGAGAGUGCCGACAGCGGCCUAGGACUUGGCUCUGCUUAUUCCCUACCCCACACUCCGGAAGAUUUCCUCGCCAAUAUCGACGACAACAUGGAUGGCACAAGCGACGGGGGUGCGCCAAUGGAGACGCCGGAUCUGUCAACUUUGAGCGACAACAUUGAUUCGACCGAUGAUCUUUUGCCGUCUCUUCAUCUGAGCGAGGAAUUCGGCAGUGAUAUUUUGGACGACGUACAAUCACUCAUAAAUCCUAACACGACCAAAGCAGAUAACGUGCUGACGUGGCUGUAGAAUUGGGAUCGCACGUGCAGCGGAUUUACGCGAAUUCACACAUAAGUAGCCCCGUAAAUAGCACCGUGCAAUAUCGAUACCUUCAAUCAAUGAUACGAGAGAUUCUCCAGGGAAUCUUUACAGUGACACAAAGAUUGUUACGAUUUAUUCUAUAUAAAAAAAUAAUAAAUUUAAA